AUGAUAAGAGAAACGGGAAUGCAACAACAAUACUGCCUCCGAUGGAAUAACCACAAGACUAAUUUGCUAAUGGUGUUCAGCGAAUUAUUCAGAAAUGAAGAUUUUACAGAUGUGACGUUAGCUUGUGAGGGUGGCUCAGUCAUCAAAUGCCACAAAAUGGUGUUGGCGGCGUGUUCUUCUUAUUUUCAAAAUCUCUUCUCGGAUCUGUCAUGCAGUCAUCCAGUAGUGGUGCUGAAGGAUAUACGGUACAGUGAAAUACAAGCAAUAUUGGAGUACAUGUACAAAGGAGAGGUUAGCAUUACUCAAGAAGAAGUUGAACCAUUACUGAGAGUUGCCGAGGCAUUGAAAGUGAAAGGUCUAGUGGGUGAGAAUGAAUACAGAAAUAAGAGUGAAUACAACAAUAGUAGUAUCAGUACAUCCUCAUCUCCUUAUGAUGCUUCAAGUCGUGAUCGUGAACCCAGUGGCGGAGCUCAUUCAAGUAUUACAAGAACUACAUCAAUGCCAAAUGACCUAAGUAAUCGAGACCGGGAUCAGGAUAAUGCCAAUGAUAAUGAAAGCAAUCACAAUAGUCCAAUUAAUGAGAAUCAAUCCAACGCCAGUGAUGACAAAAAUGAUCGAAAUGACUCUUCACCACCCCAUUCAACUAGCUUACAUCAAUCAUUCCAUAAAAGUGCACAUUUCUAUGGAAAAUCGUCAUCAAAUUCAGACCGAUUAGGCAACAGAAUACCACCAUUGCCAAUUUGGCCCAUGACUGGUUUACCUAUGGCGACUUUUCCUACACCUCAUACCACUGCUACUGCUGCUGCCAUGUUGAACAGCUGUCAUGAAGCAGUCAUAGCUGCCAGUAAUUCAAGUAUGCCACCUUUGAGAAGAAAAAAGUUGUCAAGUUUGUUGAUGAACAGAGAUAGAGAUACACCAAUUUUGAGAACUGUACUUGGUCAAGGUCAAGCUGAUUCUUCACAGCCUAUGUCACUAGUCUGUCAUGAUGGGCAAGAACAAGAGCCACAGUCCAAUGGACCUACAAUGCCUCAAGACCUUUCUUACAUGAAUAAGAGUAUGAAAAUGGAAACAAUGUCUGAAGAUGCUCAUUCGCCAUACAUGGAAACAUCAUCUUUCAUGGAUGAAGACUUUAGUCAAGAUAGAGGCAGUAAAGCUAUGCAUUCAUCAUCUUCAUCACCACAGUCAUUUUACUUGGAUUCAAAAGUGAGUGUAUCAUCAGCUAUAGCAAACUACGUACCAACACAGAAACCAGAAUGGAAACGCUACAAGCAAUACACAAGACAUGAUAUAAUGUCAGCUAUUGAAGCUGUGCGCAAUGGUAUGAGUGCUCUUCAAGCGGCAAGAAAAUUUGGAGUGCCAUCCCGGACCCUAUAUGAUAAAGUAAAGAAACUUGGUGUCACCAGGAUCACAAAUCGGCCAUUCAGAAGAUCGAAUGGCAGUACUGGUACAGCUUUUCCAUUUGGCAUCAGUGGCGCUGGAGGCAGUAUGUUGAUUGGUAUGCCAGGUGAAGAAGAAAAUAGCCCUCAGAGUGGUAUGCUAGAGCAUGGAUUUUUACAGCAUGCUUUGGAAGGUGGAAAAUUAAAAAUGGAGAGUUCUGAUCGUGAAGCCAUGUCCUCAACACCAAUACCUCUGCAGCAUGCGUUUAUGCAACGUAAUCUGGAAAUUGAAGAAAGAAUGAAAACCUUGAAUGUAGAAGAGUGUAUGAAAGCUGAAAUGAAUGAAAGAGAAGCUUUGUCUAUGGUACAAGGAAAUACUAGUGGUGGAUCAUCAUCACCUACACCCAAUGAUAGAAGUCCAAGUCCUAAUCUUAUCAAAUAUGCUCAACGUAGCAACAGUUUAACACCAUCUCCGCCCUUACCUCCUCCAAUACCUCCUCCAGAUGAUGAUUAUGAAGAUCAGGUUGAAGACUUGUCUAUGUCUAGGAAACCAGAACAGCAGUCGAGGGUUAUAAUGCCACCAAUGAAUCAAGCAACAGCUGCUACUGUCUUAGCUACCUGUAGUGGAGAUAGUGGUAGAGAUUAAUAAAUAGUAUACUUACAGAUUACAGAUAUAGAAAAAAUUUCAGCAUGCUAUGAUCUUAUAUUCACUUGCGAAAAACAAAUUACAAAGCAAAUAAAUUAUGUUACCAAAAAAAUAAGUUGCCAAGUGCAAAAUGAAAAUUUAAGAAUGUACUUACUACAUACUCGAAGGCUGGUUACAUUCGGAAUAUAUUUGUAAUACAUUCCACAAGCAUAUCAUUGCCAUUGGAUUAUGUACUUUCAUCAUUUGGUGGGGAGUAGAAUUUCUUAGUUCAGCUGUGAACAGUGUAAAAUUCUGAUAACUUACCAAUUUAGUACCAAUUAACAUGAAAAGUUAUUUUACAUUGCAACAUUGAGACUGAAUGCCAAUCAAAAUUUUUUUUGUUACAGUUUGCAAUAAAUGUAUGAAAACAAUCAAAAUAUGCAAUAUUUGAUUUGAAUUCAGCUACUUAAAGAUACCUAUUGUAUUUAACAAAUGAAAAAUGUUUUUUAAUAAUUCAUUUUAUGCUCAAUAGAAUUGUUCCUUUUAGGUAAUCAUCUUACUUACAUAGAGAGCUGAUGUAGUAAUAAUGAACCACCUAUGCAUAAUGGUCAACUUUUAGAGGGAAUAAAUGUACAUAAAUAACUUUUAAGAUUAAUUGGUAUCUCAAAUUUUACAAGACUGCUAGAUUAAGAUUAUUUUACAAACAUGAAGACUGUCUCAAUAUGCAAUAACGCAAUUAUAUUAAGGUAAUAAUGUUGUUAAUCAUUUCAAUUAUUUAUUAUGGUUGUUUUAUUUAUUGUAGUUUCAAUUUUUAUUUGUUUGUUGCGAUUUGUUUUAUUUUUUCUUUCAUUGGUUCUUUAUUUUCUAUGUCUAUUUCUUUCUUCACAUUUUUGAUUUUCUUUCUUUAUGUACCUACCAGUUUUUCAAAAAAAAAAAAGUUUAUUCAAAACAUAGCAAUUAUUUUUAAAAUUUUCAAAACUAAUGAUAUAAUAUUGUAUCAGUGUUCAGUUAUGUGAUCAUAGGUGUGGGUAACUUGUUGAAUUGAACAAGUUCAACUUAUGUUAAUCUACAGCAAAAUACAUUUUAGGAAGCCUUAAAAAUGUAAAUAAUUUGUUUAAGUUGCCUGAAGAAAGCAUAUUGUAAAUAUGUGUUUUGAAAAUCUCAUUUAUGUGUUCAUUAAGGUUUUAGAAUUGACAAACUACCUCAAUAAGGUAAAUUUUACCAUCUUAGAAACAUUACUAGUGUAACCAAAGUAGGUGACUUGAUGAUAAAUUGAAAAUGCAUGGCAUGUAUUAGAAAAUCUCAUUUUGGUUCCAUUUUGAUUAAGCAUAAUCAAAUUCAAUUUUGUUUUUUUGACUUGGAAUGGAAAGUAAAGUAAACAAAUACCUACAUUUUUUUCUUAAAUAACAAUAUUAAACCACCAACUUUUACAAUACUUACAACUUAUAUUGAUAAUAAUGAUACCUACCUAAAUUUGUGAUGAAAAAAUCUGAAAUUUCUCAAUAUUUCCUAGUCUUUCCUCUCUUUGGCAGAGGCUUGAUAGCCAAAAAUACAGGAUGCAAUGUAGGUACAUAUAUACUAAUGCAAGGAAAAAUAAUGUAUUUUUUGAAAUUUGAGAUUCUUUGCAAGAAACCUUCAAAUUUAGUUAUGUAUGAUUUUAAAAUUUUGAUAUUUUUGCUCAUCAUUGAAGAAGUAGGCAUUUACAACCUUCCUCUCAAUGUGAUGAAUUUUCAUUGUUUUUCUAAUGCUGCUGCUAGAAGUUGAAAUUAUAAUAGUUCUUCAUGUGGCCUUAUCUUUGAUAACACAACUUUUUCACAAAUUUAGAGGUUUUAAACAGAUUUUCUACUUAAUUCCCAUGUGUUCUCAAUCAUUAUCUAUGAUGAUAUAAUUUGAUUUUUUUUUUUUUUAGCUAAUACCUAAGUUGUUUUUUUUUCUUAAUUAUAAUAUCUUAUGUCUAUAUAUGAUUUGAUUAUAAAAUUGUAUUUUUUAUUGGGAUGAUGCAAAAUUCUGCAAAGCAUGUAGCGUUCUUUAGAAACUAAAAGUGGUUUAUAUCUGGUAUGUUGGUAAUUUAAUUUUCAAAAAAGAGCUCAAUUUAUCUAUAAUCAUAUCAGAUGAUGAUCUCUUGUAAUUAACUUUCACUGACAAAAAAAAAAACAAUCAUGUACUGAAACUAUGGUCAAAUGCAUUUUAUUUUAUUAAUAAUUCUACUAUAGAGCCAUGUAGCUUA